AUGAAGAAGACACUGCUGCUUUGUUUUAUACACGGAUUUAAGGGAGGAGACGACACGUUCGGCGAAUUCCCCGAACAUCUUCGAGCCCUCGUCCAAAAUGGUCUUCCCAAGAUCCGAAUUCUGGCAGUACAGUAUCCCAAAUUUGAAACUCAAGGUGACCUUACAAAAUGCGUAUCAAAAUUCAGGGAAUGGCUACAAGAGAAGAUUAUCGACCUCGAAGUAGAAAAUGCGGCCCCCUCCCCAACUAUCGAUCCCAGCGUACGAACAAUCCUCGUCGGUCAUAGCAUGGGUGGAAUAGUUGCAGCGGACACAGCCCUCCUAAUAACAUCUGACAAGAUGAUCGAAUCUUCCGAAUCAAGUGAAAUUGAGCCCUCCCAGCACAACUCGUUGAUGUUCCCCUACAUACAAGGUGUUCUAGCCUUCGACACACCGUACUUGGGAAUAAGCCCUGGAGUUGUAGCCCAUGGAGCCGAGGGACACUAUAAUGCUGCUUCUAGUGCCUUUACACAGCUUAGUGGGCUAGCUACAGCUAUAUGGGGAACAGAGACCGUGGCAGAUGCUUCGAAAGACAAGAAGAAACCAGUUGCAGCGUUACCAGCACCUCCAGUCAAAGAGGCGCCUGCAUCGGGCUGGGCAAAAUGGGGCAAGAUAGCUGCGGCGGCUGGAGGCGUUGUAGCGGUCGCAGGUGCUGGCACAGCUGCAUUCGUGAACCGGGAUAAAAUUACUGAGGGCUGGUCCUGGGUAGGUUCUCACCUCGAGUUCGUGGGGUGCUUGAUGCAAGGAGAGAAUUUGAGGAAGAGAGUCACUGCCAUGAUGGAGCUACACGAAAACCUAGAUGUGGGAUGGGCAAAUCUAUAUACCAGACUUGGAAAGCAAGCCGUCAGCAAGAAUGAUGGAAGCAUGGUUGGUAGCGUGAUAGGGAACCAGAGAACCUUUUGCAACCUGCCUAAGAAGAAAGUCAGAGAGCUCUGGCAAGAAGCUAUCAAUGAUGCAGCCCAUGACGAAACCGGGGCGCAUAUGGCCAUGUUCUACCCGAAAGAUAAUCCGGGGUACUACGACUUGGCGGAUGCUGCAAAGAAGCUGAUCAUCGAAUGGACAUCAAAUGACUGGUACGAAUCUAGCACUGGGGAUGAGACUACUACAUUUAGCAUCCAGCAUGAUGAGUUAUAG